AUGGGAAGAGCUCCUUGUUGUGAUAAAGCAAAUGUGAAGAAAGGGCCAUGGUCUCCUGAAGAAGAUGCAAAACUCAAAGAGUUUAUAGACAAACAUGGUACUGGUGGAAAUUGGAUUGCUCUUCCUCACAAAGCUGGUUUAAAAAGAUGUGGAAAGAGCUGCAGGUUGAGAUGGUUAAACUAUCUGAGACCCAACAUUAAACAUGGUGAGUUUUCUGAAGAUGAAGAUAGAAUAAUCUGCAGCUUGUAUGCUAACAUUGGUAGCAGAUGGUCAAUAAUAGCAGGUCAGCUACCAGGAAGGACAGACAAUGAUAUCAAGAAUUACUGGAACACCAAGCUCAGGAAGAAACUCUUGGCCAUGCUUCCUUCCUUCCAGAAGAAGCCAUCCCUUUUCCCUUCUAUGCCCCUUUCAUCACCACCAUUUUCUGAUCUUCAUAAAUCAGACAGUUAUUUCAACCCUAAUUCUUCAUCGUUUAAUUGCAACUACAACCCUAACUUCCUGAAUGUUAGCAAUACUAUCAACUCACACCUCCCCGCCACCGCCACCACCCUCAUUCAUGAUCACAUUAAUGUUACUGAUCUCUUUUCACCACUACCACCACUAUCAAACCCUAAUUUGACAGGUGUAUACUACCCAGAUCAGGUGAAAGAAAGGAUGCUCAUGUUUGGUGGUGGUGAUCAAGUGAGUACAGAUUGUUCUUCCUCUGAAGGUGGUGGUGGUGGUUGCAUGAGCCAGAUUAAAGAUCACCAUCGGAUGAUCAAGCAAGAAGAGCAAUUUGGGGUGCAGGGUUUUGAAGAUCAAAUGCAUAGCUUAAUGACAGAUGAACAUAAAGGAUAUUUCAAGAAUCAUGUUAGUCCACUGCACAAUAACCUUGAAGAAGUGAAACAACUCAACAACAGCAGCAGCAGCAUCAUCAGUAGGUACAUGCAGAUGGAUGAUGAUGAAAACAAGACAACACAUAUUAUUUCUGAUGGAUGUUAUGUGAUGAUUGAUGGGGGUACUACUCAUGAAUGA